AAUUUGAAUUUGACACACUUCGAGUUCGUAACCGCAGUUUCUGACUCUAGAUUCUAAUUCUUAUUCUUUAUAUUAACUUACAAUAAUAUCUUGACCCCAGUAAAUAGCAAGGAAUAUGACUGACUUCAUUGAAGCGGUAUCCAAUCCAUUAGCACCUGAUGUGUUUGUGGGUCAUGGUGACUUUACGAAUCAAAAACUAUCUAAUAGUGAUUUUCGAAAAUUGUUAAUGACACCUAAGCCAUCAGUACAACCUUCAAAAAUUGAUGAAGUACAUGAAACUGGGACCCGCAUUUCUUCUCACCAUUUGGAAAGAUCCGAUCGUAUACGCCAAGAUCCUAGUCAAACUAUUCAUCGUAGUAAACAUAAGAUAAGCCACAAGCGUCAUCAUGUUCGUAGCAAAAAAGAUGCUCAAAAAUCAGAUGUUUCUGAAUCAACACAUCGUUAUCGAGAUCGUGCAAAAGAACGACGUGACGGCAAACUAGUUGCUCCAACUGAGGAAGUUGAGGAAGAACGUGAAAUGGAAAAUGAUGAUGAUACUUUAACUCGUACAGCCGACUAUCGUGCUGUUGCACCAUCGUCUGCUGCUGGUGCUUCACAUGCUGAACGUCGUCGAAUGCUUAUACAGGAAUCUAAGUAUCUUGGUGGUGAUAUGGAACAUACUCACUUGGUCAAAGGUCUUGAUUAUGUUCUAUUACAAAAAGUCCGUUUGGAAAUACAAAAUAAAGAAAUUGAAGCCGAACAAGCCCUGGAUAUUGAAUUAAACAAACCUGAUAAAAUGAAAGAAAGUACUAAUAAUGAAGAAAGCAUACAAUUUCGUACUCAUCUAGCGGCAAGUAUAUGCAAUGUUAUUUUCAAUGAACGUCUCCCAGAACGUAAUGAAUAUUUUCAACCUGGUCGCAUGGCUUAUCGUAUUGAACUGGAAGAUGAUUCAGUGGAUUUUGAAGUACCAGCUACAGUGAUUCGUAGCAAAUCUGAUUGUUUACAAAUUGAUGGUCGUGGAACUGGUGCAAUAACUACUAACGAAAUUGUUAUUAAUAAACUUACUCAAAUCUUAUCAUAUUUGCGGGCUGGCAAACGACAUGCAAAGAAGACUAAGCUUAAAGGACGUGUUGCUGACAAAUCUGAAUUUGAUUAUGAAGACAAUCGACAUCUUAUUCAUAAAAUGGCUAAUACUGCUAUAUUUGAAGGUAUCGGAAACGAUUACUUACCGACAACAAAGAAGCAAUGCAAAAGUAACGAUAGGAUGGAUUUACCAUAUGAGGAUUCUAGAGUGUCGAAUUCACGUAAUCGUCUACCCGUUUCUAAUACUACUACAUCUGGUAGUAAUAGUAACACCAAUGCUGAAUCAAAUAGUGCACAAGCAUCAUACUUCGAUAUUCCCGCCAAUGCUGAUUCAGUCACAAAUAAUUCAAUAAGUGCUACUAAAGAAUUUUUAAAUGAAUUAAGUCAACGUUUUGAUGUUAAAGAUGAAAAUAGGUUACAGGAAAAAUAACUACCUCUAUGAAUUUGGUGUCCGUCUUGUUGUGCUGAUGAGCUGUGGCAACUUGGACAGAUGUGUAUAUGUGCCUAGUCCUACGUUGCAGCUGACUGACGUGCCUUAAACCUAACCAAUUUUUUGGAGUAUUAAUUUAGAUAUGUAAUUGUAGAACCCGAAAAAGGCUCAUGGAAAAGAAAGUUCCUCGCUCGUAUAUCUACGUUUGAAGUUGUUUUGUUAAAUAAUUUAAAUUGUUUUGUCUUACUAUAAACCAUAUUAUGUAGUUCCACCUAUAAGUUUCUUGUAACUAUCAACCUUCUCAACAAACGUUUUACGGUAAAUUCAGUUUAUUUCGAACCUAAGAGGAUGUAUGCUUCACUUGAGGGUUCUAUUUAUUAGUGUGGCGAAUUUGAGGGGAUUGUUAAGUUUUCAAAGUUUAAAUCACGAACUGGUCUUAGCUAAACCAUAAUUGAAACUUGAAAGCACUGGAUAGCUGUUUCAGCCUGUUAUGGGACUCAGCGGUGCAUAUUCACGGGUUAUCCGGCAGUCCGAUCCUAUGACCUUCGGUUUCUCGUGUGAAGCUUUGUAUAUAUAUACAACACCUAUCAUUUAAGAAAUCGGUAAAACGGCAUUUCCGGAUAGUUAAAAUCUGCGUGUGUAACGAAGAUGAUCAGUUGUGAACCAUGUAAGCUAACUUAUGAGUGUUAUUUAUUUUCAUGUUAUUAGUAUUAACGACCACAGCUGGUCCGUUUCUACGUGGGAUGUGUGCAUCCUGAGCAUAUUUGACCGAUAAUGCUAUUUAGUCGCAAGUUCUUAUUAUGGUUGAACAGUAGCUAGUAAUGGAGUCCGCGACGAGCGUUUCGUUCUAUUCAGGACGAAGGUGAUGUAAGAAAGAAGAUGUUAAUCAACAAACAUAAUGAAUCUGUACUGUCUGGAAGCCACAACUCAUGAUUGCACAAUUAUGUCCUUUUUUCAUAAAUUUAUUUUUAGGCAAGUCUUGAACGAUUCUUUGCUAAAACUCAAGUCACGUGUUACGAUGAAUGUUAUCCCGGUUUCGCUGAAUCAUACGAUGCUAUGGGUGAUUCUGAUGAUGAAGCUGAUUUUAGCAAAAUGGAUUUAGGUAAUAAAAAAGGUCCAGUUGGUCGAUGGGACUUUGAAACACAGGAAGAAUAUAGUGAUUAUAUGUCGAAUAAAGAAGCUUUACCAAAAGCUGCAUUUCAAUAUGGUGUUAAAAUGGCUGAUGGUCGUCGUACACGUCGUAUUGGACCAAAAGAUGAAAAAGCUGAAUUAGAUCGUCAGUUACAAAAAAUACAAUCAAUCAUACAAAAGCGUAAACAAUUAGCUGAAGAUAGUGGUCCAGUAGGAAAAAAUGUCCGAUUUUAAAAUUGCUGUAAUAUACAUGUACAUUUAUUUAACCUUUGGUUUUUAAUUUGAUUCUACAUGAAAUAACUUUUACAUUCAGAUAUUUAGUUUAUUUUUGCUUUUCGUCCGAUUUUUUGUGAGAUGUUUUAAUCAUUUAAAUUAGAUUAUCGUCAAAAUGAAUUAGAAAUAGUGCGUGAAAGUGAUUACUCACUUCCUUUUUGUCAAAUAUAUAGUUCUACU